AAAAGUUGAAAAAGAAAAAGUUGAACAAGCCGGCGGUCGAACAAUUGCAGCUUGUCCGCGAAAAUUUUCCAAAUUUCCAUAAAAAUAAUUUAAUUCCUUAUAUUCCAGCGAAUAUAAACAAAAAAAAGAAAAUCAACUUCAACAAUUUGGAUAAACAAUAUCAAGAGCUACAAGCUACCGGAACGAAACGGAACACGUAACGUCGUCCUCGUCGUAUCGGCAACGGCAACCGCCCAGUGUUGUUUUUAUGCGUUAAGUUUAAUCCUUCGGGCUCUUAACUAACUCCAUCCUAGCUGUAGCUCCUUCCUACAAUAGGAUUGAUACAAUUCCGCAGCCGCGCUUCGACGUCUCCGCGUGAAUUCAUCAUUAAAACUAGAUCUACAUAAAAACGUACUCAAUCAGAAUCAAGAAUCAGAAUUCAAGAAAUUCUGAUAAAUAAAAUCAAUUAAAAUUGCUCCGACCAGCCACACGCCUGAGUCUGAUUCAGACGACAAAAUGCCGGGCGCUGGCACAUUCAAAUUGUUCAUUGGAAAUCUCGACGAGAAGACUCAAGCUGGCGAACUCCGUCCGCUGUUCGAGAAAUACGGUACCGUCGUCGAAUGCGAUGUCGUUAAGAAUUAUGGGUUCGUUCAUAUGGAAUCGGAGCAACAAGGUCGCGACGCAAUUCAGAAUCUGAACGGUUACGUCCUGCACGACAAUCCAAUUAAAGUGGAAGCGGCCAAAAGUCGUCGUGCCCCCAACACGCCAACAACCAAGAUCUUUGUUGGCAAUCUAACGGACAAGACCCGAGCACCAGAAGUGCGAGAAUUAUUUCAGAAAUAUGGUACGGUCGUGGAGUGUGACAUUGUGCGGAACUAUGGGUUCGUGCAUUUGGACAGUGUGGGAGACAUUCAAGAAGUGAUUAAAGAAUUGAAUGGACGUGUGGUCGAUGGACAGCCAUUGAAGGUGCAAGUGUCGACGAGUCGCGUGCGGCCAAAGCCGGGCAUGGGCGAUCCGGAGCAAUGUUAUCGUUGCGGACGGUCCGGACAUUGGUCGAAAGAGUGUCCACGUUUGUUUGGCGGCGGCGGCGGAGGCGGAGACCGCGGCGGUUAUCGAGAUCGGAUGUACGGACGUGACCCAUACCCACCACCGCCACCACCACCGCCAUUCCUACGCGACAGGAUUAUGGAUGGCUUUAGGAGCUCCGAUUCAUUGAAAUCGAAAUUGUUGUUUGAACAGGAUUAUGACUACUAUGAGAGACGUUUUGAUGACAGCCGAGAUCUAUUCGAGAGACGCUACCAGAGUUCGCGUAUGCGUGAUUUCCCUCCACCACCGCUAUCACGACGCGAACCAAUGCCAUUGCCGCCAACAUUGAGUGGCAGUUUGAGAGGAAGCAGCAUAUCGCGUGGAUAUGAUUCUAUGUUCAGUCGUAGAUCUCCACCACCACCCACCAGAAGUAGCAAUGGAUUGGGUCGUUAUGGAAGCUAUGAAGACUUUAGUAGAGAUUCCUUUGAUGAUCGUAUGUUGUCGCGUGGAAUAAGAGGUCCGUCACCUCCAGGUCGUCGUUAUGCACCGUACUGAGACGAAUUUUAUCCAGAGGUCGUUUGUGCAACAAGUGGGGAAUUUCGAAGUAGGCCACUACCGUACAGCAGCACCAACAAGCAUACCUACUCGCACUCAAAAACUUCGAAAUAUCGGACUGGGUAUAUUUAGGCAGACACAACAUAAACAUAAACAAACAAAAGAAAAGAAGACGCAUCAGAAUUAAUCUUAAAAGAAUAUUGUAAUAGUAAUGUAACACACAAACAAAAAUAUGCUAUUUUAUUAUUUAGUAUUAAUGGUAGCAACAAAAAAAAAACAAAAAACAAUCAAAUAGAAACAAACAAAAAUACCACUCAUAACAAUUUAUAUACAUACCUAUAUGUUCAAGUAUUCAAAAUUAUCUUUUUAGAGAAAAUGUAUUAGUUUUUUUUUUUUUUUGAGGGGUUUAUACAAAAGAAUGGUAGAUUUCUAAAGCCCUCUAUUAUGAUCAUGUUGUUUUCUUAGAUCCUGCCAUGAUUUCUUAAGUUAAUUUCUUUUUUUUUUUUGCAUAUUUGUUCUUAUUUUUUAUAAUUUAAAAGAAAAAUAAUAAAGAUUUCAAGAUUACAUUGAAUUAAAAAAAGGAAGACAAAAAUAAAUGUAAUUGUACUGUGUUUACACAAAAAGAAAAACAAAAUUAAAAAUUGUAUUUAUAAUAUAUAAAUAUAUAUUACACAAAAAUAUUAUUAUUAAUUGUGUGUGUAUUUUCCAGAUUAUUGUAAAAGAAACUAAGAAAAACUAAACAAAUUAUUAGUGUAUUAUUAAUAAAGGAGUAAGGUCAUUUAA